GGUGACGUCACCUAACGCGCCGGAAGUGGAUUAGGGACAAGCUCCGUGUUGUGGCGGUCUUGACAGGCGGCGGGAACCCGCCGCCUAGAAAUUCCGAUGAGACGUCGAAGGGUUGAGAAAUGUUCCACCCGGUGAACUUCUGUUGCAGUCGCGUCUGUGCAGAGUUGCAAUAAUAGAACGAAUUUAUUGGGAUUUAAAACACUGUUGAAGAAAGAACAAAAUGCCAACCUGGACAAUACAGCUAGAUUUGGACUAGCCACAAGGCUGCAAGUUCAGUCAGUGAGCUUUGAUUCAGUGUUUUACUACAAGAAUGCAUACAACAGGUACAACAGUAGUUCUACAGGACAGCUUAAGAGUGGGUUUAAAGCCUACUGACAGCUUAUCAAAAGUGGCAUACAGAAGAGAUGAUGUGUGGUCUGAUGAACGAUAUGAUUAUGAUAGACUUCCGCGAGAGCGGCUUCCUCCACGUCCUGAUUGUUUGACGAAAGUAUUUGACAGCGUAGAACACCAGGAGUCAGAGUGCUCUUCUCAUUUUCAACGGGCUGGAGAUUGGAUGAGAUUGAACGACAUAUAUCUAGAAGACUAUGCUCGAGAAGUCAACUUUGUGAACAAGAAACCACCACUUCCAGAGAGACCUGGGGAAGGAAGCUACAGUAGAUAUGAAUAUAGUCAUGCUCCUGUUGGCUAUAGAGAUUACGGAGAUGGCCGCGGUUUUGCCCACGAAAGAAGAAGUGGACCACCACACAGAAUGGAUGAUCCUGGAUAUAGAUGGCAAAGGGACGACCAUCCUGCUAGUCGUCAGCCUGAUUAUAGGGACCUGAGAGACGGCAUGCGCCGGAAACCCGUCUAUCCUCACUAUGCGAGAGAUCGAUCCCCGCAUAAGAGAGAUUCUCCUUACUUCAGGGAAUCACCGGUCAGCCGAAGGGAUUCCCCCCACAGCAGAUCUGGGUCCAGCAUCAGCAGCAGAAGUUACUCUCCCGACAGAAGCAAAGCCUAUGCCUACCACCAGUCCCAGCAUAGCAGAAGUAUGUCAUCUUUACCUAAAAGAAAUAUUUCUCAACAAGGUAAAGAGAAAAGCGCCUCUCAGUCCUUGAAAACGUCAAGAGAUGUCUCUCCCUCAGGAACAGCAGCAGGGCCACCUUCAAAGGCCUUGGACAAAAGUAGCCGCUUGUCAGAAAAGGAGCUUGCAGAGGCUGCAAGUAGGUGGGCAGCUGAAAAAGCAGAGAAGACAGACACAAGCAGCGUACCUGAAAUUUCAGAUUAUGAAGCUGCAUCCUCAGAACCGUUAUAUGCAGAACGCCACGAAGAAACUGGCGCCAGCAUACCAGACAAUAAUGAACUGUUUGAAGACAGCCCGCAUGUUAGUCGUUCCAAGGCAAUUGCAGCAAAGACAAAGGAGAUUGAACAGGUGUACAGGCAGGAUUGCGAAACCUUUGGUGCUGUAGUGAAAAUGCUGAUUGAAAAAGACCCUGCGUUAGAAAAACCCAUCCAGUUUUCCUUGAGACAGAAUUUGCACGAGAUUGGUGAGAGAUGUAUUGAAGAACUUAAGCACUUCAUUGCAGAAUACGACACCGUCAGGCACGAAUUUGAAGAAUCGUAAGAUCAACUUGGGAUUGUCCAUAUGUAAAUUGGAAACUAUUUAAAAAUGGAUUUCCCAUCAGCAUCUGCACCCUUGACUGCAUAAUUCAUUAACAGUUAAGUAAAUUCCUGAAGAAGGCGAAAACAUGUUUGAGGUAUUGUUAUGGUCAUUUCUGAAAUUCAGUGCAGAUGUACAUUCCAUGUAUGCAGUAUACAUUAGAACAUGCUUAACAAAGUGACAUGCUCCAUUACCAAAGCUAGCUACGUAUAUGCAGUAGUAAUGGUGGAGUAAAUUUACAUAUGUGUUUAGGGUAGUUUUUUGUUAUGUUGUAAAACUAAACUUAAAAAGUAGCCUUUUGUAAACUGAAAUUAAACAAAAUACUUCUGAAUAAGUUGGCAAUUUGCAUUUUAAAAAAAAUUCUUUAAUCCUAAAAGAAUCGAAGAAAGGGUAUGCUGUUCCCCUUCCAGUGUUUUCAUUUGUGUACAUAAAAACAUAUUUCAGA